UGAAGACAUAUGUAACAACAUAAUAAUGCGUGAUUCUCGACAUUAGUUUGUUUAUAUAGUCGAUCGUAUCUGCAUAUCAAAAGUAUGCACUUAUUAAACUAUUACGAUGCCAAAUUUUGGUGACGACCGUUCGAUUAUGGAUGAAUCCUUCGAUAUAUACGCCGAUUUGCCGAGCAUUCCUCUCGUUGAGGCAUCUAACGAUGCAGAAAUCCAGAAGAAAAUCGAUGAGGCCAAAUCCCAGCUCGAAAAGGAAAAAAUCCUGCUGGAGGCCAAGUACGAGAAGUUAGUAAAAGAUAAUAAACAGUUGGAGAUUAGUUACUCGUCACUCUUAAAAACUUCCAGAGCUGAAAUUGCUCGCAAAGAUCGUACAAUUGCUGAUUUAAGAGCGCAGCUGGAUAACAUGGCAUUUCGAAGAAAUGAGCGAAGGAACCCGUAUAGAAAUAAUCCACCAGAAAACAAUUACAACAACAAAUUUGUGGGUUCUAAUCAAGAGUAUCGUCAAUUCAAUCACCAUUCAUUACAUACUAAAACACCUGCUGGAAUAUCUGGGAAAGUUGAACCAAGUCCUAUUGAUCAAAUUCGAGGAAAUUUACCAAUUCCAGCUACUAUUACAGCUCAAAGUAAAGAAUUAAUAUCAUCAAAUGAAUAUGUUGACCAGGGAAAACUUCCACAGACAAAUGAAAAUUCUGAUGUUGACGAAGAUUAUGAAUUAAAUCAUGAUAACGAACCUGGAGAUGAAUCCGAUGAUGGUAUUAUUAAUAAACCAGUAUAUGUGAGUACUCUGUAUGGAGAAAGAUUACGAAAAAAAUUGAAAGAAGAAGAGCAAAGAGAAAAUGAAGCUAAACUGGAACAACAGAUAAAAAAUGAAGAAACCAAAGCGAAUAACAUUAUUAAUUCAGAAGUAAAAAAUUCAAAUCAAACGCAUUUGGAUAAUAUUGAUCAGAAAAGUUCAAAAGAAAAAAUUAUUCAUGCUAGUAAUGUCAAAAAUGACAAAAUAGUUGUUGCUCCUAAUGUAUGUGAAAAAGUUUUGAGUGAACAAAUUACUCAACCAAAAUCAAUUGUGAUUGAUAAAGUUAAUAAUAAAGAAAACCUAUCAAUUCACAAUAGACAACAACAUGUAGACAAUAAUGAUAGUUACAAUUCUCAAAGGAAUAAACCCAAAAUAAAUGAAAUUCAUAGUUCUGAAGAAAAACUUUCAAGUAAAGUUGAAAAUAUCAAUAAAAAUCUUACAGAUAAUAUCAAAACAUCUACUUCAUCUACUUCAAGUCUUGAAAACCCUCAAAGAAUCCAUGAAGAAGAUAAAAAUUCAUCAGUUUCUUCAACUUCUAAUACAUUGAAACACGAAGAAAAACUUACUGGUCAAAAUAAUGAAAGACUUCAUGAUCCAAUUUCUAAAAAUUAUAGAAAUUCUCAACAUCAUACUGAUUCACGACAUUAUAGCACAGAAAGGCACAGACAUACAGAAUCACGUGAUCGUGAAGAAAGACAUAAAAAACAUGAUAAACGCGAUAGGCAUGAUCGUUCUGAGCGACAUAGAAGUUCACAUCGACGUAGAUCCAGAUCCAGAUCCAGAUCCAGAUCCAGAUCCAGAUCUAAAUCUAGAUCUAGGAAACACAGAAACCGUGUUCAUUCUUCAAGACAUGAUUCUGAAAGAAAACAUAAAAGGGACAAAAUAAGAACUCCUAAAAAAGAUAGGAUAAGGACGCCUAAAAAAUAUAAAAAUAAAACUCCUAAAAAGAAUAGAAUAAAAUCUCCCAAAAAAGAAAAUAGAAAAGAAAAGUCACCUCAUAAAUCUUCUCAUAAGGAUUCUAGUAAUGUUAAUAAUGAAAAAAAAGAAACACUGAAACGCAAGGCAGAGGAUAUUAUUGAUGACAAUAGUGACAAUAGUAAAAGAAAAAAGACAGAGUUAAGACCACCAGUGGAGAAAAUAUCUGCAAGCAAAAACGUUCAAGUUACUGGAACUAAUGUAAGUCAAAAUUUAAUGGAAAUUGAACCAUGUCCCAAAGUAAUGUCUAUUGUUACAACAAAUAAUCAUGAAAUUAAUAAGCAGACCUUGAAUUCUGAACUAGGUCAUGAAAAACUGGCUUUAACUCAAAAAAAUAAUUUAGAAAAAGAAUUGGAGGAUAGAGAGUUAGAGGAAGGAGAAAUAAAUGAUAGCAUAGAUUCACCCUUCUUGCUGAAACUUUCUGAUGAUGAAGAUGAAAUUAAAAAUAAUGCAAAUGAUGCAGUUAGUGUCCAAAAUGACAAAAUUAAUGAAAAAGAAAAGGUUGAAGAUACUUCUAAAAAUUCUGUAGAUGAAGAUAAACUUAAAAACAAUAGAGACAAAGUGCAAGACGGUAAAAUUAAUAUAAAUGAAAAAAAGCUUGAAUUAGAAAAUUUAACUAAAAAUCUUAACAAAGAAAAGAGAGAAAUCGAUAAUCAAAUAACUGGAUUAAUAAAUAACGAAAUUAUUGUUAAUGAACGAAAAUCUGAUCCGGAAAAAUCGACAGAAGUAUCAAAUUCAUGUUCAAUAGAAAAUAAGGGUAUAGAAAAAACUGAGUCUCAACAACCAUUGUUAAAUGUUCUCCCUCAAGAAAUGAAAAAACCAGGAGUUAAGACUGCAGAAUUAAAUCAGAAAAUUUGUGUCAAUGCUUCAUAUAACAAGAAUAAUUCUUCAAUAAAAAAAGAGAAUAUAACAAGCUCAUCUGCUAUAGUUGAAGGUCAGAAAAAUUGUGAUAAUAACAUUAACAACACUAUUGUGACACCCUUAAAAGUAGAACAAAUAAGAACAACACAUUUGGUUACUGACGCUUACAAAAUCUUUAGGAAAACACCAGUUAAAUAUGAAGUUGGUGGAUUGGUCAAAAAAAUGACUCCAAUGAAAACAAUUGAAUCUGUUACCAAUGAAAUUCGCUCAAUUUUAAGUAGUGUGAAUUCAACUGAAGAAAAAGUUCAAAAUGCUUGCACUAAAACUGUUAGAAGAACAGAGUCUACAAAUUCAGAAAAAAAUGAAGUAUGUGAAAAAGUACUAGCGGCAGAAAAAAGCAUGGAGAUAAAAGUAUCAAACAUUAAAAAAGAAAAAUCUGACAAACCUACUGACCCUGCAGAUCAAUCUAAAAAGCGAAAUGCAGAAGUCACAAAAAAAUCUGAAAAAAAAGCAGAGAUAAAAUUGAAUCAGUUGUCGGUUAAACAAGAAAAAUUAUGUGAUUCAAGUGAAAAACUCAUUGAGAAAAACAGUAAUGAAACAUCUUCCACAUCUAAUGAAAAUUGUGAAGUUUCGAAAUUAAAUGAGCAUCUUGAAAAUAAUACCGAAGGAUCUAUGUUACACCAGUUAUUAAUGAAUAAAAAUAUAAAAAAUUAUCCAUACACCAGAAAUUGUAGUAAAAUCAAUGACAACAAUUUGAAGUCAAAUGCAGAAUGCACAUUAGGUAAUAGUCAGAAAAAUACUCUAGAUACAAAAGCUACAGAUUCUAAUCUUGAUAGCAAAACCGUUGCUAAAAAAGGUAGCAAAAAAUCCAUGAAAGUGGAAAAAACUAAUUCAAACAGUUCAAGUACAAGUUCAGUAGUAAAUGCAGCUAAAUUACAGGAUAAAAAACAAAAUCAAAAGAGUACAGAAGAAAAAGUAUCAAACAAUCAAAGUUUGCCAGCAGUAACCAGCAAUCUACCCAGAAACAAUAUUCUUGCUAAUGCUAUUAUUGAUCCAUCAAAAAAGCUCGCUUAUCUGAAUGGUAAAAAGAUCAUUCUCAUCCCUCGUCGUCGAAGACCAGUACAACUAGCAGAUAGUCCACCUGUUAGAGUUGCAAAAAAGUGAUUGUGAUUAAAAUGUUGGCAUGUAAAUAUUGUUAUUAUAUAUAUAUUGUAUUUGAAGAUGUGUAAAUACUUUCGAAACAUGUUUGAAGUGAUAAUGUACAAAUGUAAAUUUUUUUAUAUGCAGUAAUACUUAUACAAUGCAUGUACGCUUUUAUACACCAUAAUGGUGUUAAUUUUCUAAUUAAGAAGACAUCACAAUCAAUUAAUCCUAUAUAUUUGACAUUUGUCAUUGUAAAUAUUGAAAUUAGAAGUGUUAUACACUGUAAAUCCUAAUUAUAUUUUUUAUAAAACGUUACAAUAUUUUAUAAAUAUAUGGCAUAUUUAUUACAACUCUGUCUUUUAUUAUGUUAAUCAUCUAAAAGAAAAAAUGAAAAUUUUUUUGCGGACAAUCUUUUGAAAAUACAUUUGCAACCCUUUCGUCACGUGACAC